AUGCUCUGCCCUUGGUCACUGCUGCUGUCGGUCUGCACAUUCCUCGCGCAGCCGACAGAGGCGCGCGCAGGGCAUGUGGCGCCGCGACAACGCCGUGGCGUAGUAGACUAUAUCCGGGCAGGUCUGGGGGCCUCCACGACGACUACAACCACAACACAGCUUGAGACCGUCACUGCAGGACCGGCUCCGAUAUCACAAAAUGCCACCGCAGAAGACCUCUCUGGCCUCGCGACCUGCGCCGCGAGCUGGUCUUCAUACAACAUCUUGGCGACCACUAAUGUUGGUCUUGGUCCCGUCAUAUCUACAUUGGUCAAUACUACCAUAGUGUAUGGGACAGGUGAUGUGUAUACAUCGUACGGUAAAAUCCCCGUGGCUUCAGGCGAGUUCACGCCCACACGAACAGUGGCACGGCUGUUCAAUGUCUCCACUACCACGAGCUCGUACACAUCUACCACUCACAACCCGGCCGUGAUUACGGAGACGCCGGCCUGUCCAUUUACUCCCCAGGAUUGCAGCCGUCUGUACGUUUCGUACAUCUCAAGCUUGGGACUUCCCCGAAAUGCAAGCGUGCCGAAGAUCACGCCUUCGCCAGAGAAUUCGCCGCGGUGCCCUGAUUAUUACUACAAGCCGUACACGUCUUCCUACGCCUCCACAGACCUCUCUGCGACUCCAGAUUGUAAGCUUUAUGGAAACAGUGUCGAAUUGCUCUACUUCCCGAGCCGCACCGCUGGGGAGCCUGAGCCAACGACGCCUGUCACAUUUGUGUACAAACCGGGAACGACCUUUACGUCACCUUCCAUCUACCUUUCCUUUGACUACAUCAGCGCUACCCGGUAUAUGCCCAUCAGCGUGGCAAGCUACAGCGUAUCUUGUGGCCUGCAGGGAUGCAUGUCAUUCGGAGUUGGCGGAGGCGAAUAUAUCACAGACGAGGGAAGUAUCAUCUCUGGUCAGAUCUUGACACUGGCCCCUACUGACGUAUCCUCCAUCGUACUGAACUAUGAUAGCGCAAAAGCAUCAAGUGUCAUCAGCACAGUUGCAGGCAAUCUGCCAGGUUACGGGAAUGUCGCGCCAGACAUCCACGUGGGAGCCGUCAUCUCACAGUCCUUAAAGGCAGAACAAUUACGAAUCGAAGAUCUGGUUCAUCCACCACCCGAAGCGUACUAUCUUCGACCAGAGGGUGCUCCCGGAUGCGGCUCUCUUGUUCWUAGUCCUGAGUGCGGAACGAUUUUUGAAGGAGCAUACCGGGCCAUCAUUUCCCUUCCUUCAGAGGUGUCUCUCCUACAGGGUGCCUGGGCAACCUGCAAUCCGGCUAUCUACGGAGUGUAUGACCCACCUAUAGCGUUGACAGAAGCUGCCUCGGUAGCCAAGCCAACGCUGCCAUCAGGAUAUCAGACAACUUUUGCGCCUACGAGUGCGAGGCCUUACACUAUAACGCCACCUCUUGCUACCCCUGCAGGGACUGCGUUACGUGACUCCCUCCCGACCACCACGAAAGGUAUCAUUAUGCAUUCAGACUCUGCAUUGUUAUUACCAAGCGCAGCUUCAUCGAACGGUGAGAACGAGCAUAGUGGUCAUCCAGGAGCAUCGUCGGGCGGACAAGCACAAGACAACGGUCAGCCUAGUGAUAGUGAUUCACCCAAUGGCGUCUCUGAAGCUGGAGGUUCAUCGAAUGAAAAUAUUCAAGCUGGGGGUUCAUCACAUGGCGACAACGAAGCUGGAGGUUCAUCACAUGGAAAUACUGAAGCUGGAGGUUCGUCGCAUGGAAAUACCGAAGGAGACGGCUCAUCCAAUGACAACACGGAAUCCGGUGGCUCAUCGAAUGGCAAUACCGAGGCUGGUAUUUCUUCGAAUAUCGACACCGAAACUGAUGGUACAUCGAACGGGCAGACCGGAGCCGGUGGCGGAAAGUCUCCUACGCAUGGAAACACUGCAAUGGAAGAAGGUCCCGAUGGGGUUGGAACGGCUUCCUCUAAUGGCGACGGCUCUGGUGCUGCUGCAUCUGGCCGCAAGAGCAGUACUGCAUCGGAUAAGACUGCCUCUGCAGGCUCGAGUGAAUCGACGAGGACUUCCGGCAACGUGUCACCGUCGGGUUCUUCGCCGACGGGCUUUUCCACUCGUCUGUCAGUAUCUUGGACCUUGUCUGUUGGCGUUAUUGUUCUGGUCGUUACGUUUUGA